AGAAGCGCCUGACCAACGCAAACAGCGAUGCACCUUCAGAAGUCCACCAGCUAUCCGUCGCCACAUGUCAAUCCGCGGCCGGUCGGGAGAGCAUAUUCGGUGAAUGUCGAUCGCGGGCCGCUUGGGCACCUAUCGACAAAAUUCGACCGGUAUGACGUACGUAUGCAUUCCAGGGGACGUUGGAAUGACGCGCCGACGCGCCGCGCCAGUGGAAGGGACUUAUGGCCCGCGACGCCGACCGCGGGGAGUCGAACUCGUCCGAGAGCGGCCUUUAGGACGCUAGGCGUAUAUUCAUAGGAUACCAGCGCGGGUGGGGGGUUGGGGGCACUCUCUGGUGCAAGGAAAACCCGCACCACCCCCGUCACGCGCGGCUGGCCCUCCGAGAGUACAGCCCCUCUACCUCGCGGGUUUUAGCUCUCCGUAGUAUCUCAGCUUCAACUUCCCCCCACGUCAACCUCAAGUUGAAGUAAGGGUAGUCAUAGGUAGCCACGGACCCCCCUCAGACCUCCUCAAACUCACUCCUACUUCUGCUGGGUUCUUCCGGACGCUUUUGGACGUCUAUCUGGGUGCUCAAGUAGGUCCGGUGGGACCAAGUAUGUGAAAAUGCUGACGGUCCGUAGCGAGGGGGGAGGAGUGGGGGCCUGUGGCACAGGCGGGCGCCUACUUGCCGGCGGCGCCGGCGAGGAUGCCCUUGAGCUCGCCGUACAUGACGAGCACGAGCGCCGAGCCGACCGUGCGCAGCGCGUUCGCGCCGGCGCCUUUGAAGAGCGCGCCGACGCCCUCCUCGGCGGCGAUCUUGCCGAAGCAGUCCAUGGUGCCCUUGUAGACCCACUCCUCCUGGGGCUUCUCCGACUGCAUCUGCAGGCGGCGGCGCACCGUGUCGAAGGGGUAGCUGGCGUACGCGGCGCAGAGCGCCGCCGUCUGCGCGCACGCGAACUUGGAAGCGAUGCCCACGAGGCCCUUGUCCUUCUGGUAGGGAUUAAUGCUCACGAGCGUGUCGUUGACGCCGAAGUACGUGCCGCGGAACGGCACGAUGCCCACCACCGAGACGCCGAAGCCGUUGUAGAGGCCGAGCGGGCCGGCGGGCCCCGAGGCCGUCUUCGAGAGGCAGUCGAUGAGGCCGUUGAACUGGGCCUUGCCCGAGCCGACGUCGCUGGCCAGGCGCGUCCGCGCGUAGUCGAGCGGGUAGACGAUCGUCAGCGAGCCGGCGCCCGCGAGGCCGCCGCUGGCGACGUUCACGGCGAAGGACUUGCCGAAAUCCGUCUUGGGCGAGUACUUGGGGAAGAAGCCCUUGAUCGUGUCCUUGAAGGCGAAGUUGAAGGCCUGCGUCGGGAAGUAGCGCAGCACGUUGACGAAGUUGCCUCUCCAAAACGCCUGGAUGCCCUGCUCGGCCGCGACGCGCGUGAAGCAGUUCACGAUGCCCGUGUAGCGCGGCACCUCGCCGGAGAUGAUCUUGGGGUUGGCGUCCUGCGUCUGGAUGAUGAGCUUGACGCGCUCGAUCGGCGCCGUGCACGUCUUGGCGAUGGCGCCCGAGAUGCCGCCCGCCAGGAAGUCGGUGACGAAGGAGCCGCCCAUGGCGUCCGCUCUUUGUCCGGCCUGCGCGGUCGUUCGCGUGCGGCGGGCUGCCGCCUCGUCGAGUCGCGGGGCGGCGGGGCGCACGCCAGUCGGACAAACGACGUGCGGCGGGGUGUGGUAUCGACGGGCCGGCGGCGCUCGACGCACGCCAUAUUUAAACGGAUGACGUCGCACGCUGCGCUGGAUCCCAGGUCGGGCGGGACUGGCGAGGAGGCCGAUUUUGGCUUUUUUAUGCGGCGUUUGCUGUCGGACCCAGUCGACGGCGAGAAGCGAUGACAGCGCCACGCCAGGUCGAAGAGCAGUGCGCGGGUGGGGACUUUUUUGCGUUUCGCUGUCUAUCCUACAAAUGCCGUGGCUGUGGGGAGAGAGUAGAAACGCGUCAUCCAAACGACGCCAAGCGACGAAAUCGCA